CAUUCACUGGUCCCAUGAUCUACAGUGCGUUACCUACCCUGCCGGGGGCGCGCUCGCUGCGCGUGUCCCCCAACAGAGCCUGCUCGCUCCCAAAGGAGGGCUAGCCGCGCCCGGCAAAUGAGAUGAGGUGGGCAAGCAGAGUCGAAAGGUGGCAUUUACGGCCACGAACCAGUUUACAUUGCCUUGGACAGUCUGUCAACCCACUUUCUUCACCUCACCCUUUCUCUCCCCUCCUCCUCCUUCGCCUCCACCUCCACCACCGCCACUACCCCUUGCAUCUCGAGGCCCUUGCUUGUCUCUGCGCGACCUGCAAGCGGCCUGCCUCGUCUGCCAUUGGCCCGCCCCCGCGGCGCUGCAGCUCUGCGCGACGCGAGAAGAGAGCAAAAAGGCGCCCGCCAUCGACAGACCCGACCGACGACAGUCGCAAACUAGUACUACAAUUUACAGCUCGACGCAGUACAUCUCGGCAACUACGACAGCCGCGCACGCGCGCGCCGCCGCCGCCGCCGCCAUGGGUCCGGUCCUCGUCCUCGUGGGCACCCUGGCGGUGGUCCUGCCCAUGCUCUACAUGUACACGGUCAGCGUCGUCUCGACGCGCUUCCCCGCCCUGCGCAACAAGCGCAUCUGCCUGCUCAUUGCCCACCCGGACGACGAGGCCAUGUUCUUUGCGCCCACGGUCCUGGCCCUCACGCGGCCCGAGACGGGCAAUCACGUCAAGAUCUUGUGUCUGAGCACGGGCAACGCAGACGGCCUCGGCGAGACGAGAAGAAAGGAGCUCGUCAAGAGCGGCAUGCAGCUCGGCCUGCGGGACGAGGAUGACGUCUUUGUCGUGGACAAUCCGACCGACUUUCCCGAUUCGAUGACGACAACGUGGGACGCGGACAAAAUCUCCAACCUCUUGUGCAGCGCCUUCGCGCCGCAGCUGGCCCGGCAGCGUGGUGAUGACUCGGCCAAGCCGACGGCCAACAUCGACGUUCUCGUCACCUUUGACGGGCACGGCGUGUCGUCGCACCCGAACCACAUCUCGCUCUACCAUGGGGCGCGGGCGUUUGCGGCGGCGCUCGUCCGCGGCAAGGCGGGCUGGGCGGCGCCCGUCGACGUGUACACCCUGACGACGGUGGGCGUGGCGCGCAAGUACACCUCCUUCCUCGAUGUGUUCGCCACCGUGGGCGCGUGGGCGCUCGGGCUGCGGCACCAGGGGGACCGAGCACAUCCGUCGGGCUUGCUCUUUAUGAACCAGCUGGUCGGCGCGGGCGGCUUCUCAACGGCCUGCGGCGCCAUGACGGGCGCCCACAAGAGCCAGAUGGUGUGGUUCCGCUGGCUGUACAUUGCCUUUAGCAGGUACAUGGUCAUCAACGACCUGCGGCUGGAAAAGGUCAAGGGAAAAUGACUGCCGGCGGCAGCGGCAGCGGGACGCGGACGACGACAGAGGAGGCACGUAAUAGCGCCCCUGCAUAGGGUUUCGAGCGCAAGAUGGGUACAUGAGAUACACACCACAUAUACAUGCGAGCAAAUUCAUCACAUCAUCC